AUGGGGAACUUGACAGGUCUCGAGGAGUUGGUCUUGUCAAAUAACAGUCUUUCUGGUUUAAUUUCUCAAUCCAUUGGAAACUUGAUCAAUUUACAAGAAAUCUAUCUAGAAUAUAACAAUCUUUCAGGACCUAUUCCUUCCACCAUAGGAAACUUGACAAAGCUCGACACUCUAGUAUUGAUUGAGAACAACCUCAGUGGUCAGCUUCCUCAAGAAAUGAACAACAUAAGUUGGUUUGUUGCUCAAAAUAACCAGCUCAUUGGUCCUAUUCCAACUAGUUUGAAGAAUUGUUCUAGUUUAAGAAGACUUAAGCAUCAGGGUAACCAACUAGUUGAUAAUGUAACAGAUGUUUUUGGAGUAUAUCCUGAUUUGAAUUUCAAUGAUGUAAGUGGAAAUCAAUUGUAUGGCCACCUUUCAUCUAGUUGGGGGAAGUGUCAAAAUCUCAAGCAAUUGUAUGUUAACAAUAACAAGCUUUCUAGUGAUAUACCACCAGAACUAGGGGAGGUAGCUAAGCUUGGUGAACUUGACUUGUCUUCAAAUCAUUUGUCUGGACAAACUCCAAAAGAACCAGGCAAGUUGAUAAUGUUGACAAAACUAUUUUUGAGCCACAAUAACUUCUCUGGUAAUGUCCCCUCAAAUAUAGGAUUGCUUACUCAACUUGAAACAUUAGAGUUGGCAACAAAUAAUUUCUAUGGCUCAAUCAUAAGAGAGCUUGGGGAAUUAAAAAGCUUAAGGUUCUUGAACUUGAGUAGAAACAAAUAUGAUAGAAGUAUUCCCCUUGAGUUUGGUCAACUCCCAGUGCUUGAACAACUUGAUCUUAGUGACAAUUUGCUCAAUGGAAAAAUACCAUCAGCUCUUGGUGUGUUACCUAAAUUGCAAAUAUUGAACCUCUCACAUAAUGAUCUCACUGGCGCUAUUCCUUCCAGUUUUAGUGGAUCAAUGUCAACUUUGACUAUUAUUGACCUAUCAAAUAAUCAAUUAGAAGGCCUUGUUCCAAAGAAACCAUCCUUUCAAACAUUUGAAGGAUUGAAGAAUAAUAAAGAUUUGUGUGGUAAUGUCACUGGCUUACAUCCUUGUAGUAAUUCUCAAAUGAGUCCUAAGAGCAAAAUCUUCUUGAAGAUAUUCCUCCCAUUGGCCAUACUACUACUAGUAGUGAGAAUAUUGUAUGAAAAUAUCAUUGAAGCCACAAUGAACUUUGAUGAUAGAUAUCUCAUUGGGAAAGGUGGCCAAGGAAGUGUUUAUAAGGUUGAGUUGCCUACAGGUGAUGUUGUUGUUGUAAAAAAGCUUCAUUCCUUACCAAGUGGGGAAAUCUCUAACAAGAAAGCUUUCACAAGUGAGAUUUGA